AUGAUUGGGAUGGUAAAUGUCCAAUGCGACACUCCUCUGGAUUACUAUGCAACAGCUCCCAUUUUGUUGAAUCAGGAAAGUUCAACCAGAAAGCGGGGAGACAGUGAAUCUGUGAACGGUUUGUCCAUUUAUCAAUUUUCCUACAUUAUUUUUCACUAUAGUGAGCAGACACAAUUCCACCAAGCGAACACCCUCGUGGAGACCGCUUUUCACUGGACAACUGAAGAAAAAAAGUUAUAAGCCAAAAUACUUGAAGGAUGGACGUAAAUUAACCGAGGAAGGUCUCGGUGAGGUUCGUGUACUUUCCUUAUUAUAAUUUUGAACCACGAAUUUCAGCCAAAUAAAUUAUGGGAGGAGUUGUUUCUGCGCUCGUUUGCUCACAAGAUUGAACAAGAAAUCUCUUCGCCGAGCCCUUUGGAGGCGCACAAGAAUUUGAACUCAGAGCUUUCGAAACUUAAAAUUCAAGGUUAGCUAUUUCCUUACAGAGAUAAAAUAAAACUCUAUUUUCAGAUAAAUCUUUUUAUCGGUCGACGUAUUCACUUGUCUCACCAACUCGGGUAGAAAACAUUGAUUUUUCGGAACUGGAAAGAAUAGAGAGAGAAGAGGAAUUGGGAACAGAGAGCGAUUCGUCAGUUUCGAUGCUUCUUCGGCCCUAAAAUGAUCAUCUAUUCAGAAAGCAACUGCGUUCGAAUUCUUCAACAGAGCGCCCUUCGCAAAUUUGCAGCGUUUUUCUCCCGUUUAUAAAAACGAUUAAGGGAAACAAGAAAAAGAAUUCUGUCACGAUGCCUAUCAACAACAACAAUUCGAAAUCUAUCCAGCAAACAUAA